UGAAAGAGGAAAGAGAGAGAGAGAGGAGGAAACAUCAACUGCAAAUAGAGAAUUAACCAACACCACUAGAUAUAUAGACCAAGUGUGGGUGAAAGAGAAAGAAAGAGAGAGAGAGAGAGGAAGAGAGAGAGAGAGAGAGAGAGACUUAUCUAGGAGCUGCUGAUACUGUUAAAUGAGAGACAAGAAGAAAUAGCAGAGAGAUAUUUAAUCAGGGUAUUUAGAGUGUAAAGUGCACAGCCAUGAAAAGGAUAUUAUCUAUCACCUUUGUGUCGCUGAUGGCAAUUUCUUUAACGGGAGCAUGGAAACCAGCUCAGCCCAGACUGCAGUUCACACACGCAGAGCUGGUCCGUAGCAGCAGAUUGAUGUCUCUGCCACUCCCCGCCGGGGACCUGAAUUCUAUGCUUCCUGAUGAAGAUGGCCGCCGUCUGUACAUCAGCAUGAAGGACUAUUUACUGUCAGCCAGCCUGGAUGAUAUUACACAACCCCAUCGCAAGAUUUACUGGCCUGCAAAUCCAGAUCGAAUCCAGGACUGUUUGAUGGCUGGAAAAGACCUACAGCUGGAGUGUGCCAAUUUCUUGCGUGUACUAGAGCCUUACAACCAAACGCACCUGUACGCCUGUGGGACAGGAGCCUUCAACCCUCGCUGCGCUUACAUCCCUACACGCCUCUUUCUCAAGGGUGAGGAUCAGACACUCCAGUAUGAACAAACAGAGUCUGGAAAAGGAAAGUGUCCCUAUGACCCAAACCAAAAGACUGCUACUGCCAUGAUUGAUGGAGAGCUUUAUGCUGGUAUCACAUCAGAUUUUAUGAGUCGUGACUCUGCAUUCUUUCGUAGUCUGGGAGAGCGUCAUGUAAUCCGCACAGAGCAAUACGAGCCAACCUGGCUUCAAGAUGCUGAGUUUGUGCGUGUGGCCAUGAUGAAGGAGAGUGAUAAUGAAGAAGAUGAUAAGGUCUACUUGUUCUUCACUGAGCGUGCUCAGGAGGCUGAGGGGCCCGCCGGCAAAGUCCUGUACACUCGAGUCGCCCGUGUCUGCAAGAAUGAUAUCGGUGGUCAGCGCAGUUUGGUGAAUAAGUGGAGUACGUUUCAAAAGGCUCGGAUGAUCUGCUCUGUGCCUGGACCUGAUGGCUUACAGACACACUUUGACCAACUGCAGGACAUUUUCAUUCAGCCUGGCAAAGACGAGAAGCACCCACUGAUAUAUGGCGUCUUUACUACCACCAGCGACGUGUUAAAUGGAUCGGCAGUGUGCGUCUACCGCAUGCAAGACAUCAUCCGGGCCUUCAAAGGAAACUUCUACCACAGGGAGGGGCCACAGUAUAAGUGGACGGAGUUUACAGGCAGAGUGCCCUAUCCCAGACCUGGAACAUGUCCAAGCAGCACGUACGGAAGUUUCCGUUCCACACGGGAGUAUCCUGAUGACGUCAUCUUCUUUAGUCGCACCCAUCCACUGCUGCAGGAAGUUGUGCGUCCUGUGGAGAGUCGACCUUUGCUAAUUAGAGUUGGUGUUGACUACAAGUUGACACACAUCGUUGUGGAUAGAGUGGAGGCUGUGGACGGACAACAUGAUGUUCUGUUCAUCGGGACAGAUUCGGGCCUGGUGCUGAAGUCCAUUCACGUCCCGAAAGAUCAAGGACAAAGUCGAGAGGUCACCCUGGAACAGCUGCAGGUGUUUAAGCACAAGUCACCAGUCACCGCCUUGACGCUGUCCAAGAAGAAGUGGCUGUUCGUGGGAUCUGCAGAAGGCGUGUCUCAGUUGGCUCUCUAUCAAUGUGACCUAUAUGGUCAGGUGUGUGCAGAGUGCUGUUUAGCCAGAGACCCAUACUGCAACUGGGAUGGCCAUGCAUGCAGCCCUUAUAUACCAGUUGCACGCAGGAGGAAUACUCGUCAUGUUGGUGAUUUUAGGAAUCCUUUAACUGAGUGCGUCAGGCAGGGAGCUGGCCUGGAGGUGCAAUCAGAGGAAAAGGAAAUAGUGGUGGCUGUGGGAAACAGUACCUACCUGGAGUGUCUGCCUAAUUCACACCAUGCCACAAUCACCUGGUUUAAACAGAUCGGAGAGAACAGUCUGGAACAAUACGAGGUGACCUCAAGGGAUCAUCUGGUAGUAAUUGACAGGGGCAUUCUGAUUCCGAGGGCGGAGCUUAACCAUGGGGGGAUUUAUCACUGUCAGCUGGAGGAGCAUGGGUUUCGCUGGACGGCCGUAACAAUUCGAUUGAGUGUGUGGAGUCCCAGCCAGCAUUCCAUCGCAGACUCCUCCCAGCCCUGGCACCAGGAUGGAAUGACUCUGAUUCGCCACAAGGACUUGGAGCACUACUGCAAGGAACUCGGCAAACAGCGGCAUGAUCACAAAAGGUCCAGGGAAAAGGAGCAGGCGAAGGAGAAAAAAAAAGCAGACAGACAGAAACAUGGAGGAGAACGAGGAGACAAGGAACGGGGAAAAGGCAGGAAGAACAGAAGCAAAAUGGGGAGCUCUGCCCCAAGGGCUCCGAGGAGCACCUAGAGACAUUCUACCAACAAUACAAUCAAUACAAUAUCAAUACAAUAAGAAAAUGAACUGAACACAUCUUCACAAAAUCAAGCAUGAACUUGCAUAUACAUGAACAUAAACUGCUGACGAUAUUGUUUGUUAAGGCUAAAUAUGAGGACUGUUGCCAAGCAGCUGUGUAUGAAUGACAGGGGGCGUGGCUUUUAUGAUGGAUGAUCUCAAAGCCAAGGGACAUAUCCUGAAUAUACUAAAUGGGGACUGAGCCCUGCCAAGCUGAAAUUUGAAAUAUAAAAUGUCUCAGACAUUCUUUAGUUUGUGUAAAUAGGGGGAAAAAAAGACUCCAUUGUUUUUGGAGCACCUGUAAAGGCUCUUUGUUUUAAAAAGACUGUUGGCUUUAAAGCACAAAUGUUACAGUUAUUGCAUAUAAGCUGCAUCUAAAUGUAUUGUUCUGAAUGUUAUUUCUCCCUUUUUUUCUUAUUUAUCUUUGUAUUUAUUUUCACUUCUUUCGAGUGAAGCAAAAAGCUGUAUAUUUGCAGUGAUUAUCUUCUUCAGUCAUUACAAAUGGACAAAAUAUAUUCCUGAAAAGGCCCUUCUAAAGGGUUAUGUUUUUAGAUAAAGCUUGUUGUUGCAGAGCA